GGUCCUCUGAGGGGGAGGGGUCACUGGUUCUUUACGUUGGGUCAGGUAUAAAAGCAAAGGGUUAAACCAGGUAGGAAGGCAGUUCAGGAGCAGCACAGCACAUCUACAGCUAACAUGAGCAACACCAGCAUGAACAUGAGGGGCAAGAUCAUCUUCUACGAGGAGAGGAACUUCCAGGGUCGUUCCUAUGAGUGCAUGAGCGACUGCUCUGACAUGACCUCCUACCUGAGCAGGUGCCAGUCCUGCAGGGUGGAGAGCGGCUGCUUCAUGGUCUACGACCGCCCCAACUACAUGGGAAACCAGUACUUCAUGAGGAGGGGCGAGUACGCUGACUACAUGAGCAUGAUGGGAAUGAGGGACUGCAUCAGGUCUUGCCGUAUGAUCCCCAUGCACAGAGGCCAGUUCAGGAUGAAGAUCUACGAGAGGGAGAACUUCGGCGGUCAGAUGAACGAGCUGAUGGACGACUGCGACAACAUCAUGGACCGUUAUCGUAUGAAUGACUGCAUGUCCUGCAACGUGAUGGAUGGCCACUGGCUGAUGUACGAGCAGCCCCACUACAGAGGCAAGAUGAUGUACCUGAGGCCCGGAGAGUACAGGAGCUUCAGGGAGAUGGGCAUGAGCGGCACCAGGUUCAUGAGCAUGAGGCGUAUCAUGGAUUCCUGCAUGUAAAUGUUCACUGAAUGUUCACUGAAUGUAUCAAAUGCCACUAAAUAAAUAAUUUCUGCACUAUUUAAAA